AUGGACAAGCCAUUAAGCGCAACGGCAACGGCAACGUCGCCGAACUUUCUCGGCUACCGACAGCAGGCGAGUGCCUUGCCUUGCCUUGCCUUGGCUUGCUGGCUAUACGCAUGCUCAAGUAGGUGUUGGGUCGAGGUUGAGAUACGGUUGGAGACGUUGCGAGGGUCGCCGGUCACCCUGUCCUAUUUCCUUGGCGUUCGUCGUCCAUGGUACUGCACUGUAUGUGAACUCCCUCGGUCCGCUGCGAUGCGGUACGGUACGAUCGAGACUGACGCUGCUGGCGCGCUGACGGUGGUGUUGUGCUGGUAUCCCCGUCGCGUCGCGAGGUGGGACCGGCGACGUCGUAGUCCAGCAAAGUCUGCGAGCGGACCGUGA